AUGGAUUAGUAAGCGAUGACCAAUGCCCUUGGAAAUUUAAGUAUUAUAUUGAUUUCUAUAAAAGAGCGGCAGAAUGAGAGUCGAUAGCAAUAAAAAUAAUAAGCAAGUAUACCAGAUUAGUAAAAUGAGAGUAAUGUUUAUAAUGAUGAUUUUGAUGGGGAUGAUGCAAUUCUAAAUGUUAUAAAAAGUAAGGAUAGUGGUUUAAUGUUGAUUAGAUGCUUAGGAUUCAAAACCAAAAUAGUAGUAAUAAACAAGUUAAGCAAAAAGACCUGAAACUUCAAAUAAAAGAACUGCUUCAAUGCCAAAGAAGAAACCAUAUUAAUUUAAUAAGUUGAAUGAUGGAGAGAAAGAGAAAUUAUUCUUGGAUGUAUAUGAUGAGAAUAUCAAAUUGAAAGAGAAUUAGGUAAAAUUUGAAAAAAUGUAUGGAACAAUGGAAGUUAAAUUAUAAUAAAUGUAAAAAUUUAUGGGCAAUAAAACUGUUGGUACAGGGGAGACAGUAGAAUAAAAUAAUUAAUUGGUAUCAAAAGUCAAUAACUUGGAAACAGAGAAUGAAAAAUUAAAAUAAAAGAUAUAAGCAAUAUCUUAAGCAUAAAGAGUAGUUGUUGCUCAUUAGCCAAUGAAGAAAAAGAAAUUAGUAUAAGCUGAUAGACCAGAAAUAGAAUAGACAGGAAUAAGAGGAGGAUAAUUUGUAGAUUAAUAAAAUUAAAUCAAAUAAUUAUUAGAAUUAAAUGAUAAAUUAAAGAAAAGAUUAUUAGAACAAGAAGCAUAAUUUAGAUAACUUUAGGCAAUGAUGAAUUCUAAGAUUGUUAAUUAAUAGGAGUUAAGUUAGAAAAAUGCAUAAUUUGUAACUUUGUAAGAAAGGUGCAAUAAAUUAGAAUCUAAUUUAAAUGGUAUGAGAACAUAAUUAGAUGAUGAACGUAAAAGAUAGAGUGAAAUAAUGAUGCUUUUAAGAGAAGAAAAAGAAAAAAAUCAUUUAUUAGAGGGAUAAGUUAGAUCAAUGGAAUUGGCAUAAAAAAGUGUAGUUGAUUUAUAAGCUGAUUUAUAAGAAGCAAGAAGAUAAAAGAAAGAAAUUGAAGAAAGAUUAGCAAUACUUAUGGAAUCUCCAUUUUUUAAGGAAUAUAAUGAAAGAGCAACUAUAUAAGCAAAGAUGAAAGCAAUGGAAUAAGAAUAAAUAAGAAAUGCUACAGAUUUAAAAAAUUUGAGAGAGACAAAUGCAAAGUUAGAAACAGAGAAUAGAUUAAAACGAGAAGAUAUUGAGAAUCUAAAAAAAGAAUUAAAAAUACUUUAAGAAAAAAAUUAAGAACUAAACAUUAAGUUGGCUGAGAAGGAUUAAUAGUUACUUCCAUUUAAAGAUUUAAAUUAUUGGGAUAAUGAUUAAUUUUUAAAAGUAUUAGGUAAUUUGAAAUGGACCGGAGAAGAUCCAGCUUGGAGAAAGAUAGAAUUUAUAGAUAGAACUUAUUUGGAUUCUGAUGAUCCUGUAUAUUUAAGAAAAGAGAUUGAACAUUUGAAACUUGAAAAAGGAGAAUUGGCUGCCCAUUUAGAAAAGACAUAGACUUUAUUAAAGAAUUAAUAGGAUAUAUAAAUGGAGAAAGAUAAAAUGCAUUAAACAUAGAUAGAAUAAUUAAAAUUAGAGUUGAAGGUUGCAAAUGAGAAGGCAUAUGAAUAUGCAAAAAUAGCAGAUCUGAAAACUUAGGCUAGAUAAUAAUAAACAUUAUAUGAAGCUGAAGGAAUUAAAUAUGAUGAUUCUAUAUCAGUAUUUUCAGUUGAUAAAGAUGAAAUGUUGUCACCCGGAGAAAACUUCUUUGAUUUAUGGGUUGGAAAAGGAGAAUAUCAACCUGCUGAAUUAGUAUCUUCAUAUAAGACAUCUACUUAAUUAAAUUUAGAUCUUGGAAGUUUAUUGACAUUUGUUACAAUUGAUUUUUAUGAUCAUGAAACACAACAUACUAGUGUAUCAGAAGGAACAUCAUGCUUUUACAAUUUAUAAAUCAGUUUUAAAGUAGAUGCUGAUGCAAAUUUUAUUCAAUAUCUUGAAAGCAAUUAUCUAAAACUGGAACUUUAUGUUAGUUAAGGCAGUGAACCUACUAAGAUUGGAUCAGGAUUGAUUUAAUUAAAGGAAUUAGUUUAUGAGAAUAAAAAUGAUACAAUUAGUAAAGUUAUUAGUGGUUCUUUGACUUUCCAUGGAAUUAACAAUUAGAUGAUAGGAAUAGUUGAAUAUAAAGCAAGAAUGAGAUAUCCCAUAUCUAAUUUCAUUCGUUUACUAAAGGAGAGAAAUUAGUUGUAAAUGUAAGAUUUGGAUGAAGCUGAAGAGAUAGUAGCAGUAAGAAAACGAAAACUCAUUAUUUGUAUUGAAAAAGGAACAUCCCUUCCUCCUAAAUCAAAUUGUUUCAUUUACUAUAAUUUUGAUACAAAAGAUUAUCAUACUAACACCUAAAUGGGUACUAAUCCUAAAUGGGACUAUAGAAUGGUCCAUGAAAUUGUGUAUAAUGAAAUGGUGGUAAACUAAUUUAACAGAAUGCCUUUAGAAUUAUACAUCAUUGAUGAUAAUUAACCAUUAGUGGAAGGAUCAAAUGACAAGGUAGGAUUCUGUUUAAUAGAUUUGUCUCCUUUGGUAAAGAAUUAAAUGAUAGAUUUGGCAGCAGAAGUAAAAAAUGAUGAUGGAGAUAAAGUAGCUUCAGUCUAUGUUAAAAUUUUUUGGUAUGAUAUUAAAGAUGAAGACACUUUAAAUUAAUAGAGAUCUAUGAUUGCAGAAUCUUGGGAAGAAAAUAUUACUCAUAAAAUUAGUUCAGAAAUGAGAUCCAGAGGUUUAUUGGGGAUUACUGCUUUUAGAGUCUUUGAUAAAGAUUAAGAUUAAAUAAUCACUUUUGAAGAUUUCGCCAAUGGCUUGAAGAAUGUUCUAAAUAUUAAAAUGAAUCCUUAAGAAAUGUAAGUUUACUAUUCCAAAUUACCCUAACCCUUGAAUCAAUAAAAAUUCUAAGAAUUCUUCCGUUUAUAAUCUAAUGAAAGCAUCAUGUAUGAAGCAGGCUUUAAGUCAUAAUAUCAGACUUAAGAAUUGUCAUCCAUAAAUUAAUUAAUGCAAUAAAAUACUAUGCAAUUGCAACGAACUUAAUUGGAAUAAAUUCAUAAUUCCAUUUAUGAUUUACUGAAAAGAAAACUUUCUUAUGGCAAAUCAGUUUAAGAGUUAUUUAUGGAAAUUGACUCUGUAAAACCUGAUGGAUAAUUAACUCUAGAUGAAUUAUAAAAGUAUUUCCAGUAAAAUAGUCUACUAAUUCCUAUUGCGUAAUUAAGAGAUUUUCUGAAAUUUUAUAUGGAUAUCAAUCAAGACUAAUUAAUAAACUUUAGAGAAUUUGCUAAUUUCUUUAAGUUGAUCCCUACAUCACAACAAUAAUAGGUCUAUUCAUAAUCUUCAUUUAGAUAGACUAGUAAUUAGAGAAUGUAAUCUAAUUUCCCAAGUAUCUAAGAGACUUAAGUCUCUUAAUCUCCUAUUGAUAUUGCCAUUACUGCUAUUCUUAAUUACGGUUAAGCACGACAAUGGACAUUAAUGUAAGUCAGAGAAUUUAUGGAUGAAAACAGAAAUAGUUUUAUUGAAGCAAAUGAAAUGAAAAAGUUCCUUAUUUAAUUUGGAGUUCACCGUAAUUUAUAAAAUGGAGACGAUGACAUUCAAUAAAUUAUCGCAUUCUUCGAUAUAAAUCAUGAUGGUAGAAUUUCCAUUUCAGAAUUUGCAGAUACUCUUAAUAUGUACAAUAAUAGGUUGCAAAUUAUCAAGGCUCAACCUACCUAACAAAAUAUAUAAAAUUAUGUUGUUGGUUAUCUUAUAACAUAUAUGAGAAAAAAUAAAAAAACCAUACCAGAAUUAUUUAAUGAUAUCGACUAAGAUGGAAAUGGAUACUUAUCCAAGGUUGAAUUAAAGGCUAUAUUUAAAAAUAAGAUUGUAAUCAAUUUAUUUAUAUUUAUUUUAGUUAGUUCCAGUAGAUGAUUUUGAAUUAAAUGAGUUAUUUAUAGAGUUUGAUAAAAAUAGGGAUGGCCAUAUUAGUAUAUCUGAAUUCUUAUAAAUUGUAAAGCCAGCUCUUGAUCAAGAUAGAAAUGAAUCAGAAUUCAAUUAAGAAACUAUUGACAAAGAAAAGGUUGCUCGAAAAGCUGAAGAAAUAUGUUUUAAAAAUGCUAAAGUUCUUCAAUUAGCUUUUCAAUCUAAAGCCUAAAAACCUGGCUAUGUAACUGAGAUGUAGUUCAAACAAAUUCUUAGAGAACAGAAAGUAGGAUUCACUCCUAAUGAAAUUGAUGAUAUUACUGUAAUAUUAUCCAUAUUAAAAUUUUAGUUAUAUGUAGUUAAACCAGUAAACGGUAUGAUUAAUUACAAUUAAUUUUUGGAUCUUGGUAAAUUAAGAGGAGCAUAACAAUCUGACAUGUUUGGUUAAACUGGGAGAUCAGGCUUUGGAUCAUUAAGCCAAAUUGAAUAAGAACGAGCCAUUGGUAAAGCUAAAGAAGUAAUAUAUAUCCUAAUAUUAUUAGGUAUUCAAUAGAAUAUCAAGAGCUGUUAAAAAUAAAUAUACUCCUUAACAACUUUUUGCAACUUUUGAUAAAGAUUCUAGUGGAACUAUUAAUAGAGCUGAAUUAGCAGAAGUUUUCACAAAAAUGAGAAUUAGAAAUCUUGAUAAAGAUGAUGUUGAACUUAUUUUCAAAGCAUUAGACAGAGAUGAAGAUGGAUCAAUUAGUGUUAAAGAAUUCAUUAAAUAUUUAGAAUGAUAAAAUAUUAUUCAUUUAUAAAAUAAAAA